AUGUCAUUCUAUCACGUCCCAAAAGGAAUAUAAUACCGGUGAAUGGUAUCUGUUCCUGCUCUUCCAGGAGAAAAACAUGGCUGCUUCGUUAGCUAAAGCUACAGUACUAGCAAGAGGCAAAGAUGAAGUGUAUGUGGCAGCAACGCCACUAAGAGCCACAAAAGGACCCGCUCAGCUGCUUAUGUCUACUGCUUACUCUCUCAACCUCUGGGACUUGCAGCACUUUGUGGUUAUCAUCAAACCCAAUUUACCACCUCCUCAAAAUUCUCAGGCUAUUGUUUUUGAUUUUCAGCCAAAAGAUCCUGAAAAUAUCUACACUGCACUUUCAGUUCUAUCAGGUAGAGCAAUACCAGGAGUUGUUCUUGUGCGGAAGUUGUCAAAGCUACCGAGAAGAAAAUGUUGGUUUGUUGGAUCCUCGAAGUUAGAUGCUGUAGAUGUUGCAACUAAAUUUAACAGUGACUGGAGAACGGAUUUGAGGGUUGGCCAUCACGACUGUCGUGAUUAUACAAAUGGAUUGGUAGAGCUUCUCAUUGGUGAAAAACAAGUGUUAGAGCGUCUAAGACAAGACCGUGGUGGUCAGGGUUAGAGCAUCGUGUACUGAAAAAGCUAUACGAAAGUUACAUGGACAAUAUCUUCUCUUAUUUCUCAAAGAAUCUGUUUCGACAACUCCGGUAAAGAAAUCUCCCUGCAAUCAUGUUGGUGUAUACUAGCGCAAGGCACACAAGCUUGAUAAAUUCCAACUCGUCUUUCGCCAAGAAUAGUUGUUUCAUGUUUUGCUUUUGACAGGCUAGUUUUGUUUUCUUUCUCAUCCAACAAUCUGCCUUGCAAAUUAUCAAAAAGACAUUUCUAUUCCUUCUGUAUAUCACUGGAUGGUAUGAUUAGCUCACAAACAGUUUUCUCUAGGUCCAAUGCUCAUAUGGACAGAAAUGGAGUUCAUUGAUUCAUGGUGCUGCCGUAUACUUGGAACGAGAAAUUUAGGAUUGGGGUGCCAAUUGGAUGAUUUAUGAUUUUUGUAUUGCAAAACCUGUAUUUUCUAUAUAAAAUGAACUUUAAAU